AUGGCCUCCUCGGCGUCGCUGGAGACGGUGCUGCCCGCCUCCUGCGUCCGGAGCCCGUCCUCCAACCCGGCCAAGACGCUGGCCUUCUCCAUCGAGCGCAUCAUGGCCAAGAGUGCCGCCGUGGCAGCCGCAGCCUCGACGGGAUCCAGUCCCCCGGGGGCCCUCCUCCUCCGCCCCAAGGGACCCCCCGGAGCCUUCCCCGGCGGCGGCGGAGGCGGAGGCGGCGGCGGGGCUGGCCCUCUGGGCCCGGGCCCUAAGAAGCAGCUGCUGGGGGGAGGAGGAGGAGGAGGCCUGUGCCCGCCGCUGCCCUGCCUGCUGCCCGCCCCGCCGGCCCUGGCCCCGGCCUACGAGGGGCUGCCCUCCGGCCCCAAGGCCCUGCUCAGCCUCAACUACGCCGCCGCCGAGCUCUGGAAGGGCGGCAGCCUGCCCCGCGGGGGGCUCUGCUGCUGCAAGGGGGACCUCCUGCUCCUCCACCACCAUCACCACCAGCACCAGCACCACCAGCAUCACCACCAGCAGCAGCCCCAGGGGCCCCCCUUGCCGCCCCCUCCUCCUCCUCCUGCUCCGCAGGCGCCCAGCCGGGUGAUCAAGCCCCAGGCCAUCAACCAGGCCAACGGGGCCAGCCUCUACUACUUCAACUACCUGGACGCCUCCUCCUCCUCCUCGUACCCUCCAUCGGAGCUCCUCCACGGGCAGCUCUUCGCCACCUCCAGCCUCCUCCACUCCCAAACCGCAGCAGCAGCAGCCGCCGCCGCCGCCCUCUCGGCCCACCAGAAACUCUUCCUCCUGGAGAAUGCCAAACUGGCCGCCUUGGCCGCCGCCCCUCUGCCGCCCCCGCCGACGGCCCCGGCCCUGGCCCCGCCGCCCCCGCCUUCCUCCUCCGCCUCGACGGGACAGAAGUUCCCCGGAGGCCCUUUCCCGCCCAAGGAGCGCCUGCCGGGGGCCCUGGAGCACCCCACGAAGGAGAACGAGAGGCACCUGCCCCACGCAGCCAAGGCCGGGCCCCACGGCAAAGGCCUCGCCGUCCCCCACGGAGCAGCAGCGGCAGCCGGCCUCGAGGGGAAGCCCAAGAACUUCACCUGCGAAGUCUGCGGCAAGGUCUUCAACGCGCAUUACAACCUGACCCGGCACAUGCCUGUCCACACAGGAGCCCGGCCCUUCGUCUGCAAAGUCUGCGGGAAAGGGUUCCGCCAAGCCAGCACCCUCUGCCGGCACAAAAUCAUCCACACGCAGGAGAAGCCCCACAAGUGCAGCCAGUGCGGGAAGGCCUUCAACCGGAGCUCCACGCUCAACACGCACAUCAGGAUCCACGCGGGAUACAAGCCUUUCGUCUGUGAAUUUUGCGGCAAAGGCUUCCAUCAGAAAGGGAACUACAAGAACCACAAGCUGACCCACAGCGGGGAGAAGCAGUACAAGUGCACCAUCUGCAACAAGGCCUUCCACCAGAUCUACAACCUGACCUUCCACAUGCACACGCACAACGACAAGAAGCCCUUCACCUGCCUCACCUGCGGCAAGGGCUUCUGCCGGAACUUUGACCUCAAGAAGCACGUCAGGAAGCUCCACGAGGGGCCCCCCGCCGGACCCCCGCCGCCCGCCGCCAAGGAGCCCCCCAGGAACCCAGGCUAGAGGAGGGCACCCUCCGUCCCCACCGCCCCCGACACACCGCACAGCCACGCACCCCAGGACCGCCGCUGCAGCGGGCUCAAAGCAAGGGAGUUGCCAUCCCUUACCAGGGCUGCAUCCACACUGGAGAAAGAACCCAGUUUGGCACCGCUUUCACUCUUGGUCUGGGAUGUGUAGUUUUCGACGGUCAUUUCGUCUUCUCUCGCUAAGGCAGCUCACGGUGCCGCCGCAAACUACACAUCCCAGGAUUGAAUCGCAUGGAGCCGAAGUGGCAGCUCAAGCGGUGUCACACCGCAUUCACUUCUGCAAUGUGACUGGCAGCAGCCCAAGCCCGGCUGGUUGGCUCCCCCUUCCUUCCUUCCUUCCUUCCUUCCUUCCUU